AUGGCGUCAAGCUCUCAGCCCGGCAUGUUGACGUGGAUCAGCGGAGCUCUGCCUCAACCUGCAGCCUCACCGAAAGUGAGCCGGGACAGCACCCCCGCGACCUCUGCCACGGAGGAAAACACAACAGCCAGGAAAGGGAUGUUGGCCUGGUUCGCUCAGGGUUUGGAGAAAGUUGUUCCUCAGCCUGAUUUCAAGAACAAAGAGUUGGCAGCAGCCGCUGAGGUGCAGCAGGCAGCAGCUGCUCCAGCAGAGCUUCAGGUUAAUGUGCAACGAGACGGAGACGCCACAACUGAUAACAAGCCUUUCCCACCCAGGAUGAUGGACUGGAUAAAACACGGUAUAGAGAAGAUGGUUCCUCAGCCAGAGAGCGAUGUUCACCCAAAGACGGAAAGCAACGACAAGACUGAAGCUCCGGCUUCCACUGAAGCUAAAGCUCCACCUCCAGAACCACCACCUCCCCCGAAACCAGCAGCUGACACUGAGAGGUCGUCCAGAGAAGCAGAGCAGCAGCCUAAUAUGAUGGGCAGGAUCUUCAAUGGCAUCGGUCGCAUGUUUCCUCAACCUGUACAGAAGCAGGACACAAGCUGUGAAGUGCAGAACAUUAGCAUCGUGCAGCAGAGGACAGACCUGGUGCUGGAGGACGUAGAACAAGACGAGGACGCAGAGACAAAGAACAAAGAGAAGAAGAAGAAAGAGGAUCCAGAGAAGCAGGUGGAUCAACAAACUUCCAGCAUCAAGAAGGAGGAAGGAGAAGCAGUUCUCGCUCAGAUGGAUGAACGAGUGCAGCAGGAGCGUCUGGAGGCGGCCCGUGUCGCAGAGGACAUGGCCAGGAAGGCAGCGGAGGAGGCAGUCCGCCAGCUGGAGGUGGAGCAUUCAGCUAAGAUCGUGAUAGAAACACUGCCAGAGUCCAUCGAGCAACUGCCCAACAUCCUGGAGGAGGAAAAUGAGGAAGACCCUGAGUUGCAGAACCUGCAGGAGGACAGUGACGACAGCAUAAACAAUAGGAGUCCGGUGGAAAUUAAAGUAAAGGAGGAAUUUAUCAGAGGCACUGCUGAGGAAGAAAAAAAACCUGAUGAGUGCACGCUCGUCUGUCCAGCUCAAGAUGAUACAGAGGCUACGACAGAUGUGGAACCAGCGUCGGAGAGGAGAGACCUGGAGAGUCCCGUCUCACAGCCAGUCACCCAGCAGCCACAAGCUCCACAGGGCAGUGAAGCAGCGGCAGCAGCAGCAGAUGAAGGUGGAUGUGGAGCUCCUGACCUUUGCUCUCCAGUACAGAGCUUUCUGCUUCGAAUCCCUCGCGCUGCCGAGUGUCUGACGAGCUGCAGGAAGCUGAUGCAUGACAAUUACCUCAUCCCUCCUAAGCUAACCAUGCCGACCCCGCCGCCGGAGCUCGCCCAGCUGACCCAGGAGCUGUCGCAAUUCCGCAAGCAGGCGCAACAGUUCAUCGUGGAGGAUGUGGAUCAGGAUGUGAGCCUGGGAAAAGGCCUGAACUUCCCUUAUAUUAUCACAACCCCAGAACCAGAGUCCGCUGCUCUGAGUGUCCCUGACGUGCCGCUGUCCAAACUCAGUUAUGCAGAUGAGAAUGAUGAUGAACUGACGAGGACUCAUCUCAGGACUUGGCCCAAUCAGGGAGACCUACUGACUGCAGAUGACGAGAUGCGUCCUCUGUCAGCUGCCAGCGUCGGCAGUGUCGUGGUCCAGGAUCGUCUGAGCGAGCUCGUCAAGCUGUUCAGAGGUCGAACUGAGCGUCAGAGAGACCGGCUGGUGGACCCGGACGAGUCGGAGGGAGAAAGUCCAACAGCCUCCCCGAGCAAAGCUCCACCUCCCCCUCCUCCAGCAGAGGAGAAGAAGGAAGAAGCUGCAGCAGAAAAAGAUGAAGAAGAAGAAGAGGAAGAAGCAGAGUUCCAGUUUGAACUUCUGGGACUCCCAGUAAAAAUUCCCAAACUGCUCAAACUUCCCCCGAUGCCCGACUGGCUCCGAGCCAUCCUGGAGUAUCGCUUCCCCUCCAGCAUUGACCCGUUCACCGACCUGAUCUAUGUGAUCUGGCUGUUCUUCGUGGUGGCAGCGUGGAACUGGAACGUGUGGCUGAUCCCGGUCCGCUGGGCGUUCCCCUACCAAACCCCCGAGAACAUCCACCUGUGGCUGCUGGCCGACUACACCUGCGACUUCAUCUACAUCACAGACAUGCUGGUGUUCCAGCCCAGACUGCAGUUCGUCCGCGGAGGAGACAUCGUGUGUGAUAAAAAGGACAUGAGAGAAAACUACAUGACGACCGAAAGAUUUAAGAUGGACGUCAUCAGUCUGUUUCCCAUGGAGAUAUUUUACUAUUUCACAGGCGUUAACUCUCUGCUGAGGUUCCCUCGUCUGAUGAAGUACAUGGUUUUCUCUGAGUUCAACGACAGAAUGGAAGCUGUGAUGAAGAAAGCCUACAUCUACAGGGUGAUCCGAACCUCCAUGUACCUGUUGUACUCUCUGCACAUAAACGCCUGUCUCUUCUACUGGGGUUCGGACUACGAGGGAUUAGGAUCCACUAAAUGGGUUUAUAAUGGAAAAGGAAAUGCGUACAUCCGUUGUUACUACUUUGCCGUGAAGACGCUGAUCACCAUCGGAGGUCUGCCCGACCCCACCACCGUGUUUGAGAUCUGCUUCCAACUCAUUAACUACUUUGUGGGCGUCUUUGCUUUUUCUAUCAUGAUCGGUCAAAUGAGAGAUGUGGUGGGAGCAGCCACCGCCGGUGAGAACUAUUACCGGGCCUGUAUGGACAGCACCGUUAAGUACAUGAACUCUUACAACAUCCCCCGAGAGGUUCAGAACCGCAUCAAGACCUGGUACGACUACACCUGGAAGAUCCAGGGUAUGCUGGACGAACAGGAGCUGCUGAUUCAACUUCCUACAAAGAUGAGAAUGGACAUCGCUGUGGACGUCAACUACGCCAUCGUCAGUAAAGUCGCCCUGUUUCAGGGCUGUGACAGACAGAUGGUGUUCGACAUGUUGACGAGGCUCAAGUCCGUCGUUUACCUGCCCGGAGACUUUGUCUGUAAAAAGGGGGAGAUUGGCAGGGAGAUGUACAUCAUUAAACAGGGGGAGGUCCAGGUGGUGGGCGGUCCUGACCUACAGACUGUGUUUGUCACCAUCAGAGCCGGCUCGGUGUUCGGAGAAAUCAGUUUGUUGGCGGGAGGUGGAGGGAACAGACGUACUGCCAACGUAAAAGCCCACGGAUUCGCGAACCUCUUCAUCCUGGACAAGAAGGACCUUGCAGAGAUCCUCGUUCACUACCCAGAGUCCCAGAAGCUGCUCCGCAAGAAGGCGAAGAAGAUGUUAACGAAGGACAAGAAGCCGGAUGAGAAGGAGGGAGGUAAAGAGGCGGUGGAGGUCAUCCCACCACGACCAGACACCCCCGAGAUGUUCAAGGCGGCGCUGAAGGUGGCGGAGCAGGCGGGGAUAGAGGGAACCUUCGUCAAACUGAAGAAGGCCUACAAAGCCUCUGAGAGCACAGCAGAGAAACAUAUAAAUCCCUCUACUCCCUUUUGUCCCUCCCAGGGUGCCUCCUCCAUCUCUCCCCUCCCGCCUCCCUCGCCGAUUCACCGGCGCUCUCCUGUUCCUCACUUCCUGGUUAAGGACGAGGACGACACGGUGGCGGAGACAGCUGACAGCUCUGUCGUCAUCCGGAUGACGCCGCGACAGGAAGGCGAGGAGGUGCUGUCCGUGGAGGUGCUGCCCAAGGAGGGAGGAAAGGAGUGA